AAUUAUAAUUAACAAAGAAAAUACAUAUGGAGCCUUCCUCAUUAUACUUAAGUUCUGAAGAUUCUAGUGUAGUUUCAGAAGUUGCUGGUGAUAGUGAUCCUAAUAACCCCAUUCAAGAUCCAGUACCUCAAGAUUUCAAACCAGAGAUGAAGAAGGUCAAUCAAAUCAUAGCAUAUCUAAAUAAGCUGGAGAAUUACCUUGAAAAUUUAGAUAGUGAAUCUGGAGAUGAAGAGGAUACUUCUAUUAUAGCAUGAAAACAACUACUAAAAACAAUUAAGGAAAAUAUAGAAACUCAAUGUAAAAAAUUAAAGGAAAAAAUCUUAAAGAACCCAAAAUAUAUCAACUGAUAUAAAAACUUGUCUAAAAUAUUGGAAGAAAUCGAAACUAAUGAGGUCAUCCAAAAAAUAAGUUCUAAAAUGCAUUUAGAGCAAUCUCUCGAAGCAGACCAAGAUACUAGUAAUAAAUUGGAAGAAGAGAAGAAGGAAAUUUCUAAAGAAGUUAAAGAACUCAAAAAGAAGCAAUAUCUCGUAAAUAGAAUUGUGAAUGGGGUCAAAAACAAUCGCAUUGCAGAUGAAGACCUUGAAAAAUUAAAGACAUUAUCAAAUGAAAGUGAGCGCAAGCUAUUUGAUAUUAGUGAUAAACAAACCCAUUCAAACCAGAGAAAUUUAGAUAAACUUACUGAAAAGCACAACGGCUCUAAACAUCCGAAAUCCUUAGCAAAUGCUCAAAGGAAAAGGAAAGAGCAAGGAGAGCCUAGAGGAAGAAGACAUGGAAAAAGACAGAAAUUACAAGAGAAUGAAGAAGAUUUUCAGAAGCCUUAUAUUAACAAGAGGGAAAGUAAUUAUCCAAGAGAAGAGACAAAAGAUGAUUAUCAUUAUCGAGCCUGUAACCCAGGAUAUCUAAAUCACAAAGAUAAAGAAAAAGAUUCUGAAGACAAUGAUCCAUCAGAUAAGAUAGAUUUUAAGGAAAAUCUUGAUAAACCAAUUGGUCCUAAUCACUCUGAAAGAGGAUUAUUAGGUAAUUCUUAUCCUCCAAAAGAAGGAACAGAUGUUUCUUAUGACUUAUCAAACACUGAUGACAAUGAUUUCAUUACAAAUUGCAAAGAAAAGCUACCUAAUCUGAAAUCCCUUGAAUUAGUAUUGACCGAAAUUGUGGGUCAGAAAUUUGGCGACUUCAUCACUGAUUAUUUUCCUGAAAAGGUUAACUAUUUAAAGUUUUCAGGAAAAAGAGGAAUAACAAAGAUGGCAUUGGACACUUAUGUUUCCUUGAUAAUACUAGCGAGCAAGGCCACAAGAGAAAAGUUAGAAAUUUUUAACUUUACUGUUAAGGAGGAAAACUUUUCACAACUACUUGCUGUAUGUAGAAAAGGAAAACAAGUUUAUUUGUCAUCUUGCAGUAUCGAAAUCAAGCCCAACACUGACUUCAACACCUUAAGAUCCUCCCUCGAAUCACAAGGCCUGACUCUAAACCCUGGUUGCUUCCUCUCCAAUCCAAGCCCCGUCAGCUCCUUCAAUCCCUUCUUCCAAUUCAGCAACGCUGCAGCCCCAAGUGGCCAAUCUUCCUCAAAGAAAAGCUUUUUCUAGUAC